AUGAUAAUAAGCGAUAUAUCCAAGAGAGAAAGGACUAGAGAGAGAGUGAUGUUACUCGCUGUGGGUGGCGAAUCACGUAGGAUAGUGUUAGGUGAAGUGCCACCGAUUCAACCGGAACAGGAACAAGAACCUGCUCAGGAUGUUGCGGCUCAAUGGUUGCAGUCUGAUGAUCAAACUACCACCACCACGACGACGAACACGACAAAAACUAAUCGGAGUACUCCUGGUCUUGUUCCGGUACCACAACCACGGCAAAGGAUUGGAAAAUUUGAGAAUCGCGUGCCAGGAAAUAGGAAUCGUAAGUCGCGUAGAAGACGAAUUACGGCAGACGUUUGAUCGGUGAUUUUCCAG